AUGAUCAGCCUUCGGAGCCUAUCCAUCCAACUCCUCGCAGCCGCCAGCGUUGUCCUCGCAUCUCCCGUCAGCCUCGGUAGCCGCGAUGUCAUCGACCACGAUAAGGUAGUGGGCUUUCCUGAGACCGUCCCGGCCGGCCUCGUCGGGCAGCUCAUGCUCAAGUACAAGCCUUACUUGAAGGUCUUCAAUGGCUGUGUUCCUUUCCCUGCCGUCGAUGCGCAGGGUAACACGAGCGGCGGACUCAAACCAUCUGGUAGUGACACUAGUGGCUGCCGCAGCGACCUCGGCCAAGUCUACGCCCGCGCCGGACCUUACAACGGCGCUUUCGGCAUCAUGUACGCUUGGUACAUGCCCAAGGACUCGCCUUCGACAGGCCUUGUCAUAUGGAUCUCAUCCCAGUCCCUCGACGCUACCGUCCGCGGCGUUACCUACUCUGGACACGGCGGUUAUACAAAGUCUUCUUCGCCCCCACUGGAGGGCACCCACCCCAAGGUUGGCUACCAGUCCAUCUGGCCUGUCAACCACUCGCUCGAGGCUACCAACACGCUUGGCGGACAGCAGCCCCUGGUUGCAUGGGAGAGCAUGACGGCCGCAGCACGAAAUGCAAUCGAGUACACGGACUUUGGCGCCGCCACACCUACCUUCAGAGACAGCAACUUCCAAACCCACCUCCAAGCAUCCUUUAUCUAA